CGUCGCCACACUUGACCACUCAGAUGUGAUGUUGGCGUUGCCAUAAAUCCCGCCAUUCCGAUUGCGAUUCUGAUUGCGAUUGUGAUAAGAGCUCUCCGCCAAACUCAGAGCUGACUGGCAGUUGCAACGCGUUUGCCGUCGAGCGUAGACAUGUCCGCGUCCGCGUCCGCGUCCUGGUCGAGGACACUCGUCGCCCUGACCAUCACCUGGCUGAGCAUGGUCUGCCUCCUGCCGGUGGAGACCUUCUGCGACACCUCCUACUACGAAAAGUACUACGCUGCCCGCCGCUACGUGCCGCUCAAGCGGAAUGCCCCGCUGCUCUUCAACUUCACCCUCACCCUCACCGAUUCCGACUCAGCCCAACUGGCAGUCCACGAGCGGCCCGCCCUCGUCGGCAAUCUGCAGGUGCUGGGCGCCUGGAAGGCCAGCGGAGCCCUGCUCCUGAACCGGACGGCCAUCCACAACGUGUGGAGCGGAUCGGUGGAGAUUCCCCAGAACAGCAGCGUGGAGUAUCGCUACUUUGCCGCCGCCGUGGGCCGCUCCGGGAACGUGCAAGUCCGUCGCUGGGAGUCGCAUGUGCUGCCAAGGACCUUCAACGUCACCAAGCUGCCGGGCAACCGGAGCGACGAGUUUGGGGUCAUCUCUGGCCAGCGACAGCUGACGCUGGGCUGGCUCCAGGAAUCCGGGAGCAUUCUACAGCUGAAGGUGUUCCGCGACGCCCUGCGCCUGGAGGAGGAUCCCGUGGACUCCGGGCGUGGCGCGCUGCGUCUGCGCGUGCAGCCCGUGGAUCCGGCCACCCUGUCGCCCAUCCUGAGCUCCGCUCGCGCCAACAUCGAGUACGUCCGCAUGGCCUACGCCGACAGCAAGCUGCGGGCCCAGCCGGAAUACGGAGUGCCGUAUGCAGCCCCCGACAUCCUCAUGUACCACGCGGCCCUGGAUGAACUGGAGAAGGUGGCCUUCCUCGUGGAGGUCUAUGCAGAACAGACGGAGGAUGAUCUGGUGCGGCUCCUGGGCUACGCCCACCUGCAGCCCGCAUCGCUGACGGGCAGUGAGGGCACUGUGACCCUCAGCCUGAUCUCGCCCCUGUGGCAGCGCGUGGUGGGAGAGCUGCGGAUGGAGUACCUGCUCAUCCGUCCGAUGGCCAACCACAGCUUCGAUCUGCGCACCAGCUUCGCCCACUACUGGAGGGGCAACUGGACGGGGCUGGAGAUCGGGCACCGGGGACUGGGCAAGAGCCUGACGGUCACCUCCAAUGCGGCGCCUCUGAUCGAGAACACGCUGGCCUCGAUGCUGGCCUCCGUGGAGCUGGGCGCCGAUCUCGUGGAGUUCGAUGUGCAGCUGACCAGCGACCUGGUGGCCAUCAUACACCACGACUGGAGCAUCCACGUGUGCAUCCACCCCAAGACGCCGACGAGCCGCGACGACCUCACCGAGGUCCUCUUGAAGGACAUCACCUACGAGCAGCUGAAGGAGCUGAAGACCUACCAGAUCGUGGGCAACAAGAUCGUCGAGUACCCGGCCCACAACAACGUCGAGCAGCUGGAGCAGCGCCUCUUCCCCACCCUGCAGGACUUCUUCGAGCGCGUGAACCAGAGCGUGGGCCUCGACAUUGAGCUGAAGUGGCCGCAGCAGAAGGCGAACGGGGAGUACGAGAGCGAGCAGACGAUCGACAAGAACCUGUUCGUGGACCGCAUCCUGGAGGUGGUGCAGCAGCACGGCUGCGGGCGGCUCAACAUCCUGAAGAGCUUCGACGUGGACCUGUGCUCCCUGUUGCGCUUCAAGCAGAACAUGUACCCCGUGCUGGUCCUCUCGAGCAGCACGAAUGACUACUACUCGGAUCCCCGCACCAGCGUCGUGGAGACCAUCAACUUUGUGCAGGCCUUCGAUCUAGCCGGCAUCGCCCCGAACACCGUACCCAUCAAGGCCAAUCCCGCGCUGGUGCAGAGCGCCAAGGACCAGGUCGAGCUGGUCCUGGCCUGGGGGGCUGACCUCAAGGACCGCGUCUCCAUCGACUCGUUCAUCCAGAUGGGGCUCACGGCCGUCAUCUACGAUCGCAUGGACCUCUGGAUCAGUCCCAACCAGACGAGUGCCUUCGAGUCCGAGCAGGAUCUGCCCGACUUCUUCCAGCUGCAGUGCGAGCCGGCGCCCCAGAAGCGCGUGGUGAACGCCACCAUCGAGAGCAUCCUGAGCAACGUUAACUUCUUGUAGUACUCUUACUUAUACAUAUUUACGUCAAUCAAUAAACGAGCUAGAAAGGAGCCCCUGA